AGCCACUCUUCGGGGCACGCACGUCGGAUGGUUUUCACUUGCGUUGUUUGCGUUGCAGGAGCAUGCGAACACUUGCGACUUCCGUCAUCGCAGCCAAGUGCCUUCGCCUUCCACGUCAUAACGUUAACAGGAUCCGUUGAUUCUAUGGUUCCUCCUCUAUCCACCGUUCAUUGCAUAUAACCGCUACUUCUGUUGGUUUGCUUUGACACGGUUCACCCCUUUCGCAUUACCUUCUCCGGCAUGUCCAAUUCUUCCCCACAAAGACCUUUUCGCGAUGCGACGCCGCGUGAUCCCUUUCGCCCUUCUCCACCUCCUCUCCCUCGCUCUUCUCGCAUCGUCACAACGUCGGCUGGUCAUCCUCAGGGAAGACUACGCCGACUUCUUUUCCACCCCCUCCGCCUUAGGCACGGCCGAUGACUCCCGCGGCUCUGAAGACUCCGCUAACUGGGACGAGUUCGGAGACCCGGAGUCAUCCCUCACCGCCGCUGGAGAUUACGACCCGGGCUCAUGGCUUCCCAUGAUCGAGUCCGCCUCCUCUCCUCUCUCUUUCGUCAACUCCUCCUCUGACCCACGCGAGGCUCUCUACUACUCCGGCGUCCGCCACAUGAUCUCCGCCGCGGCCGCCUCCUCCGACCCAGCGGACAUGGAAGCUGCCGCUGCCGAGAUCGAGGCCGCGGCCUCCGCUGGCCUCCCCCACGCCCAGUCCGCUCUUGGCUUCCUCCACGGUACCGGCCUCAUGCGCUCCCAGAGCCGCCCCAAGUCCUUCCUCUACCACCACUUCGCCGCCAAGGGCGGCAACAUGCAGUCCAAGAUGGUCCUCGCCUACACCUAUUUCCGACAGGACAUGCACGAGGAGGCAGUGAAGCUCUAUGCGGAACUCGCGGAGGUGGCCAUCGCGAGCUUUAGAAUAUCGAAGGAACCGCCUGUGAUCGAGCCUAUCCGGAUCCACAGUGGUACCGAAGAGAAUAAAGAGGCACUGAGGAAGUCACGAGGGGAGGCAGAUGAGAAUUUUCAGAUCAUCGAGUACCAGGCAUUGAAGGGCAAUUCGUUUGCCAUGUACCAGAUCGGGUUGCUGUACUAUUAUGGGUUGAGGGGAGUGAGGAGGGACAACACCAAGGCGCUGCAUUGGUUGUUGAAGGCCGUGGAGAAGGGGGAUCCGAGAGCAAUGGAGUUCUUAGGGGAGAUGUAUACCCGAGGGGCUGGAGUGGAGAGGAAUUACACCAAGGCUUUCGAAUUGCUAACUCUUGCAUCCAAGCAUAAGCUCUACUCUGCCUAUAAUGGUUUGGGAUACCUCUAUGCUAAAGGUUAUGGAGUAGAGAAAAAAAACUACACUAAGGCAAAGGAAUAUUUUGAGAAAGCUGUGGAAAAUAAGGAGCCUGGUGGUUAUUAUAACCUAGGUGUGUUGUAUCUUAAGGGCAUUGGUGUGAAAAGAGAUUUAGAGACAGCCUGCAAAUUAUUUCUUGCUGCAGCUAAUGCCGGUCAGCCAAAGGCUGUCUACCAAGUUGCAAGAUUGUUCCAGACAGGCAUAGGCCUCAAGAAGAAUCUUCAAAUAGCUACACAUUUGUACAAAACAGUGGCAGAGAGGGGUCCUUGGAGCUCCUUAUCAAGUUGCGCUCUGGAGUCUUAUCUGAAAGGAGAUGUGGGUAAGUCACUUCUGUUGUAUUCCAGAAUGGCAGAGCUGGGAUAUGAGGUGGCACAAAGUAAUGCUGCUUGGAUCCUUGAUAAAUAUGGAGAACAAAGCAUUUGCAUGGGCGAAUCUGGCUUUUGCACAAACACAGAAAGGCAUCUUCGUGCCCACACUUUGUGGUGGCAAGCAUCAGAGCAGGGUAAUGAACAUGCAGCUUUGUUGAUUGGCGAUGCUUACUACUAUGGCCGGGGAAUUGCUAGAGACUAUGAACGAGCUGCAGAGGCAUACAUGCAUGCUCGGUCGCAAUCGAAUGCUCAGGCCAUCUUUAAUAUAGGAUACAUGCAUGAACAUGGUCAAGGACUUCCACUUGAUCUUCAUCUGGCUAAAAGGUACUAUGAUCAGGCCCUUGCAGUUGAUCCUGCAGCACAAUUACCAGUUAAGCUGGCGCUCAUGGGCUUGUGGAUAAGGAUGAACUAUGCUGACAGCUCCCUGGUUAAGGUGAUUGAUUCACUUCCAAAACUAUUUCCAAGAUUAGAGGCAUGGGUGGACGAAGUACUGAUGGACGAAGGAAAUGCAACCAUAUUAACUCUGUUUGCUUGCCUCUUGGCUGUACUUUACCUCCGGGAACGGCAGAGGCGGCAAGCUGAGGCCCCUCAACCUGAUAAUGCACCCAAUUAGAGUUUAUUCAGGGGAACACUGAAAACUCAGUCAGAGUUGUGACUUACAGAUCAUCAGAUUUCUUAUCUACUUAACAACAUUUGCUGUCUUUGGACGCUGCGCAUACCCUCCACGGCUGCAUGCGGUUUGUAGUGCAUCGAUUUGCUCUCAUCCCAGCAAUCGAAGAAGCAUCGCCUCCUUACGCAAAAUCGGCUUAUCGUUUUAUUGCUCGUGUUGUAUUUUCUAUAGACAAUAUGAUUUCUCAUGUCGAGUCCUUUUUAUCGUUUUUACCCCGACGGUCUGUAAGCUGCGGUACAUACUCUUCCAGCAUGUUCCUAGCCGUGUGUUUACUGUUUGUAGUCG